CGAAAGCCCGGCCCAGAUCCCUCCGUCGUCUUCCCCACCGCGCACGAGCGCGACUCCCCUUGGACUCUCUUCUUCUUCUUCUCCCUCUCGCUCCAGCGGAAGCUCCGCCCUCGCCAUUUCCCGGAAGAGUUUGAUUGAUGGUGGCGUGAACUUCUCCCCGUCGUCGCAACCAUGUACAUCAAGAAGGUUGUAAUCGAAGGCUUUAAAAGCUACAGGGAGGAGACGUCGACGGAGCCUUUCAGCCCCAAAGUUAACGUAGUUGUUGGCGCAAAUGGAUCGGGCAAAUCAAACUUUUUCCAUGCUAUACGCUUUGUCCUGAGCGACAUGUUUCAAAAUCUGCGCAGUGAGGAUAGGGGAGCUCUUCUCCAUGAAGGUGCUGGACACUCAGUUGUAUCUGCUUUUGUUGAGAUAGUGUUUGAUAAUUCAGACAACCGUAUUCCAGUUGAUAAAGAAGAGGUACGCUUGCGAAGGACGGUUGCUUCAAAGAAGGAUGAAUACUACUUGGAUGGGAAACAUGUCAGUAAAACUGAAGUCAUGAAUCUACUGGAGAGUGCUGGUUUCUCUCGCUCUAAUCCAUACUAUGUUGUCCAGCAGGGGAAGAUUGCAUCCCUUACUCUAAUGAAAGAUUCUGAACGACUGGAUCUUCUCAAAGAGAUUGGUGGUACACGUGUUUACGAAGAUAGACGCCGGGAAAGCUUGAAAAUAAUGCAAGAAACAGCCAAUAAAAGGAAGCAGAUUGAUCAAGUUGUCCGCUAUCUGGAGGACCGACUGAGAGAACUUGAUGAAGAGAAGGAAGAACUCAAGAAGUACCAGCAGCUGGACAAACAAAGAAGAUCACUUGAAUAUACUAUAUUGGACCAUGAACUAAAUGAUGCUAGAAAUGAAUUAGCCUCGAUGGAUGAUAAUCGAAGAAAAAUUUCUGAAAGGAUGUCGAAUGCUGACAAUGAAGUGGUAGAUUUACGUGAGAAGGUCAAGAGUUUUGAUAAAGAAAUAAAAGUCUCUACAAAAGGGAUUAAUGAAACCAGGUCUGAAAAGGACGAUGCAGAGAAGAAGCGUACUGAGGCACUGAAGGUAGUCUCUCAGAUUGAACUUGAUCUGAGAGAUAUAAAAGACAGAAUUUCGAGUGAAAAACGAGCAAAGGAUGAAGCCAUAAGGGAUUUGCAUAGCAUGAAGAAAGAAAGUGAAAAGUCAAAGUCUGAAUUGGCUCAAAUUAGUAGGGUGCACGCGGCCAAAUUGAAAGAAGAGGAAGAGAUAUCGAAAAGCAUAAUGGACCGUGAGAAGCGGCUGAGUAUAUUGUACCAAAAGCAGGGGAGGGCAACUCAAUUUAAGAAUGAGGCUGCCAGAGAUGAGUGGCUUAGGAAAGAAAUCCAUGAUCUUGAGCGUGUACUUUUGUCAAAUAGAAAGCAGGAAAGCUUACUUCAAGAUGAAAUUCAGAAGCUUAAAGAUGAAAUUAAUAACUUGACGAACUACAUUGAGUCCCGGAAAAGCGAAUCAAGCAAGUUAGAGGCUGCUCUCGCAAACAAGCAAAAGGAUCACAAUGACUUUAUGAAGCAGAAAAAUGCACUUCAAGAUGAAAGAAA